CUCGCCUUCGGCUGACGCUGACGUCGGAUGAGUGAUCCGGAGGGACGCUCCGACCGCGGCCGGGAGGCUCCUGGGGGCCGAGGCUCCGAGGUUAUAAUAUAACUUAUCCUCUCAUGCUUUUUUCCUGCCCCUUCUCCCCAAAUCAUCAACAAUAGAAGAAGAAGAAAACAUGUCAGGACACAAAUGUUAUCCCUGGGACUUACAGGAUCGAUACGCUCAAGAUAAGUCAGUUGUAAAUAAGAUGCAACAGAAGUAUUGGGAGACGAAGCAGGCCUUUAUUAAAGCCACAGGGAAGAAGGAAGAUGAACAUGUUGUUGCCUCUGAUGCAGACCUGGAUGCCAAGCUAGAGCUGUUUCAUUCAAUUCAGAGAACCUGUCUGGACUUAUCGAAAGCAAUUGUACUCUAUCAAAAGAGGAUAUGUUUCUUGUCUCAAGAAGAAAAUGAACUGGGAAAAUUUCUUCGAUCCCAAGGCUUCCAAGAUAAAACCAGAGCAGGAAAGAUGAUGCAAGCAACAGGAAAGGCCCUCUGCUUUUCUUCCCAGCAAAGGUUGGCCUUACGAAAUCCUUUGUGUCGAUUUCACCAAGAAGUGGAGACUUUUCGGCAUCGGGCCAUCUCAGAUACUUGGCUGACGGUGAACCGCAUGGAACAGUGCAGGACGGAAUAUAGAGGAGCACUAUUAUGGAUGAAGGACGUGUCUCAGGAGCUUGAUCCAGACCUCUACAAGCAAAUGGAGAAGUUCAGGAAGGUACAAACGCAAGUGCGCCUUGCAAAAAAAAACUUUGACAAAUUGAAGAUGGAUGUGUGUCAAAAAGUGGAUCUUCUUGGAGCAAGCAGAUGCAAUCUCUUGUCUCACAUGCUAGCAACAUACCAGACCACUCUGCUUCAUUUUUGGGAGAAAACUUCUCACACUAUGGCAGCCAUCCAUGAGAGUUUCAAAGGUUAUCAACCAUAUGAAUUUACUACUUUAAAGAGCUUACAAGACCCUAUGAAAAAAUUAGUUGAGAAAGAAAAGAAGAAGAAAAUCACCCAGCAGGAAAGUACAGAUGCAGCCGUGCAGGAGCCGAGUCAAUUAAUUUCAUUAGAGGAAGAAAACCAGCGCAAGGAAUCCACUAGUUUUAAGACUGAAGAUGGAAAAAGUAUUUUAUCUGCCUUAGACAAAAGUUCUACACAUACUGCAUGCUCAGGACCCAUAGAUGAACUAUUAGACAUGAAACCUGAGGAAGGUGCUUGCCUGGGACCAGUGGCAGGGACCCCGGAACCUGAAGGUGCUGACAAAGAUGACCUGCUGCUGUUGAGUGAGAUCUUCAAUGCUUCCUCCCUGGAAGAGGGCGACUUCAGCAAAGAGUGGGCUGCUGUGUUUGGAGACGGCCAAGUGAAGGAGCCAGUGCCCACUAUGGCCCUGGGAGAGCCAGACCCCAAGCCCCAGACAGGCUCAGGUUUCCUUCCUUCGCAGCUUUUAGACCAAAAUAUGAAAGACUUACAGGCCUCGCUGCAAGUGGCUGCCUGGGGAAUGUGAGGAUUGUCCCAAAGCACAAUCACUGGCUCCUCCCGGCAAGGCCAUGAUAACGCUCAGAAGACCUCCUGAGACCCUUGAGGAGGUUAGAAGGAAGGGGAAACAAGCGUGUAGCAUAUUUUCACUAGAGUCAUCUUUAAGAUAUUUUGAUAUCCCCUAGCAAGAAUAGAGAUAGGCUAAUCCAGCGAAAUCAGUCAUGCCCCAUACAGUUUCCUUGGGCCAUCUCCUUCAUGACUAAAGACAGAUGAGUGACUCCCUUUUUUUAGGCAGUACCCUGCCCACUCCCCCACCAACUAAGCUAUAGUGAGCUCUCUUGUCUCUGAUAAUCGUAUCAAGAUAAACCAGAUGAUUCCAGGGCUAAUUGCACAUGGAAUUCAAUGUUACAUAGUAAUAACUUGCAUAUUACCAACAAGUCUUGAUAUAGUUUUCUCACCUUCAUAGAUACACUGAUUUUUACAUGUAGAUACAUUGAUAUCUACAAAAGACUUUUUUUACAAAAAGAGAAAGGGAGGGGAAUCAGAAGUAUAAAGUGAUCAGUACACUAUCUUAGCAUUUCAGUGCCAUUUUGAUGAAAGGAUCAAAGGCCCUGUUUAUAUUGAUAUAAUCCCAUUGCCUCUAUCCCCUCACUAACCACUUUUAGCAACUUGUCCUACCAAUACUUUCUGAGACUCUUUUCAGCCAAAUGGCAAUCACAUUCCUAGCUGCUCUCAGCUAGAAGGAUCACCCAUCAGAGACAUUUUCUUCGUGUUUCUGACACUCCCACCUGUUGAAGAAGAAAAAAAAAACACAGGUCAUCCAAGCCAAUGAACUUAGAUUCUCAUGUGGAAUGAUUUAUGUAUUUUAAACAAAGCCUUCAUCUUAUUUAGAAAUCACUUGUGUGAGGCACUCUUUUGAAAAUGUUCUCCUCAUCUGGAAAAUAAUUUGGCUGUAUAAUUGUGGUAUUCAGGAAGUUAGGGCAGGUGUUUAGGUGGAAGAGCAGAAGGGAGUAUUCCAAUGAGGCUGAAGAGUGAGGGGAAUUGACCCCCUGGGAGAAGGGAAGGCAUGUCAGGGCCCUCCUUUUAACAGGAAAGGAUUGAAGAAGGCAGUGACCCUGAGAGAAGAGGAGAAGCCAGGCCUGGGCGCCAAACACUUUUGGGCCUGUUGCUUUGAAGGGUAAAAAGAGUGGCCGUAAUAUUUCUCCUGACCCAGCAGAUUUGAAAAGAUUCCUCCAGCGGACGGUGGAAAGCCCCUUGCUUCCUCAGCCAUUCAGUCUGAUUUCUGAAAUAACUAUGCUAUUUCCUGGUUGUGGUGAAGUGGCAGGGCCUGAGGGUUUGAUCAGCUUUUCAUGGGCUAUGGCCAUUAGUGGGGUUGGGGUGCAGGUGGGAGUUUGUUAACACAAGAGCUUGUUAUUCACGGAGCUUCAGGCCCUGGUUUGGAAAUGUUAACCAGCCAGCCAGCCACGGGAGCUGGAAUUCCUUAACUAUUGUCAGAGACAGAGUGCAAAGGGAUUUGUCUGAUUGAACAUCCUGCAUUUGAAGAUGACCUGGACCUGCCUGCAUCCCGCAUGGCAGAGGUGGAUAUUUGGAAGGUGAGUUUGCUCAUGUUUCCUCUUCUCU